AUGGAGGAAUCCAACCUGCAAUGGAGUUCUCCCCCUGGUUCCAUGGGCUUGCCUCUCAUUGGAAAGACCCUUCAUUUGAUCAUUCCAAGUUAUUCUCUAGACCUUAAUCCAUUCGUCAAGAAGAGGAUUCAAAGACCUAUUGUGAUAUCAACCGAUCCUGAACUCAACCAUCUCAUCCUCCGACAAGAAGGAAGAUUGGUUGAGACAUGGCAUUUAGACACAUUUUCCAGGCCUUCCAAUCAAGACAGUGAAUCUAGGACAAGUGCAGUUGGGGUUAUUCACAAAUAUAUCAGAAAUUUAUCUUUAACUCACUUUGGUGUUGAAGGGCUCAAGCAAGGCUUGCUUCCUCAAAUUGAAGACAUUGUUAAGAAAACCCUGCUCAAGUGGUCAACUUAA